CAAUGAAACGUUCGUCUAGUGUUCAGCACGAGAAGCUGGCAUCGUCUAUGUGGGCAAAUAAGGGAUUUUCGUUUUUUGCCUUAAAAAUGAGGAUAGUCGGUUUCUGCUUGUGUUUGUUAGGCUACAUUUCAUUUACUGCCAGCAUGCAAUCAGAAACUGAAAAUGACUGGCAGAACAAUUUCCUGUCCGAUGGUACUUACGAGGUUGAGCCAUCGCAGAAAAUGAUGAAAGCCCGUCCGAAGCCUAAAAUGGCGUUUUAUAUUACUGGGGAUAGUGCCUCUGCAGUAGUCAAACAAAAGAAAUGGUUUCAUUACAAUAAUCGUGGGCCGCUGUCGGCAGAGGCAAAGGCUGUUAUGUUGCCAGUAACUGCUAAAACUCCGGUCACAGCCAAACCUCUUAAGCCAAUGGUGGAAGCAUUGUGCCAUCUUGAUAGGAUGUACGUGAGGAUCCGAAAGGACGCGGUCAAAGGCAGACUAUCUUGGAAAUACUUGUACUUCGGGAACUGUCGCGUGAACGCGGCUAGAGGUGCUCAUUAUUACUUCCUUUAUAAUAUGACACGCUGUGGAUUAAGACCGCAGGUCCUGGAUGAUGUUAUUGUAUUCGCAAACGUGGUCCGUUACCUGCGCAAAUAUACGACCCUGAAGAAUAUCACAAGAAAGCCAACCUUUACCGUGCCUGUAGCCUGCAGAUUCCCACGAUUUCACAGGACUUACGAUUUUGGCAUACAUCCAGUUCUUGGAUUCAACGCCACAAUGCCCCUUCCCGUUGGUGGCGGCCCAAUAGUUGCCAUCGUUGUCUUGGACGCAAACUGGCUUCCACUUGCACCAGGGGCAUUCUAUAAACUUGGCCAGACUAUGCAUUUUGAGAUCCGAGGUAGUGGUGGCCGGAGGGUUUUUGCGGAACGCUGUUGGUUCUCUGCCACCAGCAAGCUCCAUACUACACUCACCUAUACGGCCAUUAAAAACUAUGGCUGUUUGGUGGACAGUAUGAACAGCACCCGGUCCCGUUACCAGCGUACCAGAAACCCUUCUGUCAUGAGGCUCAUUGUUGAGACCUUUGUUUUUGACAAUGUGGCUAAAGAGCAGGUACUCACACUCCAUUGUUCGAUCAGCGUGGCAAAAACGGCAACUCUAUACCGGAAGUCCUGUACAUACGAGAAAUCAUCUGACAUGUGGCAUGAGCUGGAUCGUAGGGUCGACUUGCUGUGUCUCUGCUGUAAGGGCGUUUGCCCGGGCCCCCCCUCGCCUAGACACCGCACUCAAACGGUUUCCAGUAUGCCUUGGAAAAUGCGGGAUGGUAUGGAAUCGGACAAGCUGGAUCUUAAGGCUGAAAAGGAUGAGGAAAUGGCUACUGAGGAAGUCGAGGCAGAAGAUGUCGAUGAGGAAACCGAUGCAGAUCCGGAGCUUGAGGAAACCUAUGCAGAUCCGGAGCUUGAGGAAACCUAUGCAGAUCCGGCGCUUGAGGAAACCUAUGCAGAUCCGGAGCUUGAGGAAACCUAUGGAGAUUCGGAGCUCGGUGAGGAAACCUAUGCAGAUCCGGAGCUUGUUGAGGAAACCUAUGCAGAUCCGGAGCUUGUUGAGGACACAUAUGGAGAUUCGGAGCUCGGUGAGGAAACUGAUGGAGAUUCGGAGCUCGGUGAGGAAACCGAUGGAGAUUCGGAGCUCGGUGAGGAAACGUAUGCAGAUCCGGUGCCCGGUGAGGAAACGUAUGCAGAUCCGGUGCCCGGUGAGGAAACGUAUGCAGAGCCGGUGCCCGGUGAGGAAACGUAUGCAGAGCCGGUGCCCAGUGAGGAAACGUAUGCAGAGUCGGUGUUCCAUGAGGAAACCUAUACAGAUCCGGGGCUCAGUGAGGAAACUUAUGGAGAUACGGAGCUCAGUGAGGAAACGGAUGCAGAUCCAGAGUUUGAAAUGCCUGAAGACUGGCUCACUUGACACUGACGACCCCCCCCCCCCCAUUACAUAUUUCAAUAAAGGUCAUCUUAACCAA